AUGGCAUCCGCCGCCCCCUAUACCUACAUACAGUCGGCCGAAUCCGGCGAAGAUGGCCUCUACCCGCUGGAGCACCUCAUGUACUGCGGAGACUGCCAGCAAAUCCGCUGCCAGCGCUGCGUGAACGAGGAGAUUGUCACCUAUUACUGUCCAAGCUGCCUGUUCGAGGUGCCGAGCAGCAACAUCAAGAGUGAAGGCAACAGGCGCUCCGUCAUCCCCACGACCAAAUACGUCCUGACUUGCACGUACUGCCACUGGUCCUCGUCCGAGAUCGACAUACGCUUCGAAAAGUCCAGCGGCCUCUACUCCCAGCUCGUCAAGAUCCGCAACGGCGGGCAGCACAAGCUCUCCCCGCGCGAAUACCGCGACAGGCGCAAAGAGGACCGCGACGCCCCGCCCCUCCUCGAUGCCGAGCUGGACGCCGACCUGCAGUUUGCCCAUCUCAAGUCGUUUUACCAGACGCAGCUCGCCGACGCCAACAGCGCGGCCACAGGCUCCCUGCCGGGACUUGGCGACCUGGGCUUCUCGUCGCCGGGGACGCUUUCGCGCAUCAUGAGCUUGUAUACGGGAGGGAGCCUCGGGGGCAAGAGGAGCAUGACGAAAUCCACCAUCAUGCGGGAGGCCCUGACCACGGAUGACGGCCUGAAGCUGGCGCAGCUGGACGAGUCUGCCGCCGUGGAUAAGCUUCUCGGGAGCACGUGGUACGAUAGCGUCUCGACGGACCAGCGCGAUGCCCAACCACCCUCUACGGGCUCUCUCGGGUCCCAGGACGACCUCCGCCCCAUCCCAACCCUUUUGCGCACGAAGCGCUCCAAGCGGUGCCCCGUCUGCCGACACAUCAUCACCAAGCCGGACGCAAAAGUCACGAGCACUCGGUAUCGCAUCAACCUCACGGCCCAGUUCAUCCUCACGUUCAAGAACCCCAUCUUCGAGGAGGUCAAGGUCACGCUCGGCACGCCGCCGCGGACGCCCGGCCGUUUUCCCAGCAAAGUCACGGUUUUAUGUCCCCAGUUCACCAUUGGCGCCAACACGGACAUGUGGGAGGACGCCCUCAAAGACGACUACAAAGACCCUAGCAAGCGACAUACGAUGGCGGGGUCAUCGGGGGUGCCGACGACGGAUCCGGCCACGGCAUGGCUGGACGGGCUCAAGUGGGCCAAGAGCGAGGGCGAAGAUGUGGACGACAGCCCCUGA